AUGUCAUUCUUCAACGCUUUUCCUCCAAGCCCGCUCAGUCGCUCGGCGCUGGCCUCCGAGAGGGACGCAGUCGAAGCGGAAACAACAUCCGCGACUCGGACAACUCCUUCCAAACCCUAUGGACACGUUGCAGCAACAUCGUUUGCCUCGCAUGCUCCACCAAGUCGACUAGACGCCGGCAUAAGCGCAGAAGGCAACUCCGCUGCUAGUCCAUAUCAGGCUGCAGCCUCUGCUGCUCCGUCCUCGCGUCACGUCAGCGGUCCGGCUCGCUUGAUGCGCAGUCCAUUCACACCAUCCUGGUCCCUCUCGUCAAACUCCGCUUUCAACCAUGACACCGCCUUCUCUCCGCCCAGGCCCUCGUCGAGCUUCACCAGAUCCGUCAACACUCGACGUCGCUCUUCCGGUUUCAGCAGCUCAGCUGCGAGUCCGACCCCCAAUUUUGGCAGCCUCGUUGGCUCCUUCCAGGAAUCGCUUCUUUGUGGGCGCAUGUCGAUGCCCGCUUCCAAGCCUGUCAUCUUCGACGCCGAGAUCGGCGUGCUCGGUGUGGGCAGGUGCAAGCCCUCGCUCCGGUGUCCGCCGCACGUCCACAUUCAGUUCCCAGCACAUUUCUACGACUUUCAUGCCAUGGACGCCUCGGCCUCUGCGUCCCGUGUGGGCUCCACCGCUGCUCUUGGCAGCCCUUAUGUCGGAACCAUCGACCUAGACGCGCACUACCACGCUACGCUCCUCGCCGCGACUCUCGCUACCGGGCCGAGCGACUUGCCUUCCUUCCCCGGAUACGCCGUCCCACCUAAGGGUCAGGUCCAGCUCGUCGUAAAGUAUCCCGAGCUGAAUGCUGUCAAGCUCUUUCUCGUUCCUUACGAUCUCACCGAUAUGCAGCCUGGCACCAAGACCUUCAUCCGUCAAAAAACCAUGUCUCGUUCGAGUGCCGAUCCGAAUGACGACGACCACCAGCAUGGCCAUCGCGCUUCCCCAAACAAUGUCCGAGUGGUCACCAGAGAGUCUCUGAGGUUCGCCAUUCAUCUCCAAUUCUGCUGUCCACCUGUCAAGGCGCUGCACGACGAUCGUCAGGCCGGCUUCGAUGGGUCCGAUUCACGUCGUUUCCGGCAACGCGCCGAUCACGGUCAGAAGAGCAGCACCAAAGCGGCCAGAUCCCCCAAGAUCUUUCUGCACAAGACCAUUCGACUCGUGUUUGGUGCUCGUGCGCUCGACUCGGGCGAAAAGCUCGUGGACCAGGUCGAGACGCCCGGUCAAGGAGCUCAGCGCUUUGCCAGCUACAACGGGCCAGACGAAGAAUGGUAUCAGCUUCAUCACCAAGUCGAGGCGGCCCAGGCUUGCUCUGCAGAGAGUUUCAAGUCGUCUUUGCACGCAAACGCCUCGUUCAACUCGCUCGAGAACGGAUGGAACGGUGUGCAACGUGUUCGAACCGGAUGUGGGGUCGCCAUUCAGAAUGCGGAAGGCCAUGAACCUCGGCCCCGUUCCGACGAUGCUGAAGAGCGCGACCGCGUUCCGCCGCUCAAUUCGGAUCCCAAUGGCGAGAGGUGGCAGCCCAGCAGCUCGUUUGCGAAACAGUCUGCCAUCGCUCGACCUCCGGUCGGUGACGCGAUGCUACCGUCCACGGCCGCCUGGACUUAUAGUAGCCAAGGCAGCAGUGUCGAGACCUUGGCCGGCCGUUGGCCUCGACCUGCACAUCUUGACGAUCAAGACGUCCAUCAACUGGCACGCUCGUUGGCGAACACUUGCCUCACCGAAGCAUUCAAGUCGCAUCAGGACGACGUGACACCAGAAGAAGAGCCGGCAACGCACGCGGUCGAGCCUGCAGCAUCCACCGCCCAAAGCGGUCGCCCUGCAUUGCCUCCCUCGAUGCGUCCUUCACGCAUUCGCUCGGCAUCGUCCGCUAGUUUGUCAGAGGCUUGUGUGCAGAGCGUGUCUGCGCUGGGUCGCUUGCAAGAAGCCGCAGCAGCUGUCUCUGCCGACUCGUCGUCCUUUUCGCCGAGAGCAACCAGUGACCGACCGAGCCUGAUUAGGAAACUCUCGGAGCAAUUUGCGCGAAGCCACACGCCUUCUCCAACAGCAAGUCCAAGUUUGAAAGCUACCUUGCGGCACGCCGACGACGAGGCUGCCCCAGUGACCGUAGAUGAUAUCGAUGGCACAGGAGACGGGGCGAGUGGUUUCGCGGUCAAAGCUCCUUGGCAGCCUUCGACUAGCUCGAUACGGUGA